AUGUCCACUGGUCGAAAGUCCUCAGUCUCUCUGUCCUCAAACACCUUAUCAACUCCUAGCCAUAACCCAGGUUCUAUCAGUCUAUCAUUUUUGGACAGUCAUACUGACCUGUUGCCGGAAGACACUGAGAAAGGGCUCUGGCCAUAUCAAGGAUGGCCGGAGCCACACACCAUACUCCACAGCCCUUCCUUGCAAUCCCACGCUACAUUAGAUGACUUGUCUAUGACCAGUUGUACCGAAAUGGGACGUGAAGUGGAGUUUGACUUCAAGUCUUUCUUUGACGAUGACAUGAGAUCCAGCCAGUCGGCCCUGGGCUCAGACGUUUACCGCGAAUUUCAAACUCAGGAUAUAGUCCUGGAGAAUUUCAGCUGGCUUUGUCAACGAAAUAUUGCCUCUGCUGUUUUCGAGGGUCACCAGGAUAACCUCCAUCCCGACAGCCUUCUGAAUGACCCGUUCAUUUCAAUGCGCUCCGCUACGCGAGAUAUCUUUGGAGCUGAGAUUCAUGCCAUCAAUCCCAUGGGCAGAAGGUUCAACAGAAAUCCUACACCCGUACUCUAA